CAAACCACUAAUGGUCCCGUCACGGGCCCCCUGCGUGCUCUGACAAGACUCGGACUUGCCCCGCCCUUUUGCUGUCACACAUCGGCGAAAUGGGCGGAGUGGCCUCCGCUAUAAGGCCAGAAAGGCCUAGAGGCCAGCGCGUUGUGCUCCAUACCUCUAUCCCCUCGGUCCAAACGCAUGGGGAACAAUCGAGGAUGUGCGGAGCAGCCGACAUGCGCCUUUUACUGCAACUGCAAUCAAUUAGGUUUGAUCAGGAUAAUGGUCUGGAGACCAUAGGAGAGACAGGCAACAUUAUCCUCGAAGCGAGGAUACAGGGCGAGGUGAGGACGAAACUCUGUGGAGCUCUGCCACUUGCAGACGCUCUUAUCGACAUGAGACCAUCUUGCUACGACAUCUUGGAGCUUCCUGUCUACCUAGACCUCGUACCUGCUAUUGGAGCGAUCCUCGAGCUCUUCCUCUUGCAUGAAGAUUCUGCCAAGACGAAAACGAUUCUUAGUAUGGUCGCUCUGGAGCCGGGCCAGUGGGUCUUAGAGAGUGACAUCAUCGGUAGCUGGCCCGACCCAGGUUUGCAUUCAUGCCGAGCACCAGGUACAACAGUGCUGGAGCGUCUUCACACUAAACUCACCGAAACACAACAUUCCGUGUGAAAUCAUCAUGAUGGUAAUGUUUGCGCCUCCUGCACUUCGAAGCCAAGCAAACUUUGGGGAAGUAUAUCGAAAGCUAAGGGAUAGCAACUCCGCGCGAGUCGACCCACCCAUUACCGACCCGAUCAUGUUUCCUGACUGGGUUCGAGCUUACCUCGACCACACAGUGCCUCCCACACCAAGCCAGUCGAUCCCACCUCACGACGCCGUGGAUGCUUGCGUGGGCCCGAGACUGGUCUCAGUUGGCAGUCCCUACGGAGGGCAUCGGGUCGUGCGGGUCGCGGAAAACGUUCUGGUGAAAGCCAACAUGCCUUAUGCGUCGUCCGAAGCAAGCACUAUGCGGUAUGUCGCCGCCAGGACUUCAAUACGCAUUCCACGCUUCUUCGGCGGAGACCAGACUCGCAUCAUGAUGGAGGAAGUCGGUGGAUGCAAUCUGGACACGUAUAUCGCACGUAUGACCCCAACGCAAUUGCACGAACUCAGCCAUCUGCUAAAGCGAUAUCUUGAUGAUCUACACGGCCUGAAAUUUCACAACGCACAGCUGGGCCAAGUCGAUGGGCAACCAUUCCGCAACCAGACUUUCGGUGUCGGUGUCCUCCCAAGUGACGCUUUCCAGAGUUUACAGGCUUUCAAUGAGUGGCUGGAUCCGCUUCUUGUUGAAGCUCUUGGAUCGCAAGGUGCGGCAGAUGUGAUCGCGCGACUGCCGAAAAUGGACGGUAGAUUCCUCAUUCACGGAGACCUCCAGCCAAAAAAUAUUAUGGUACACUUCUCUAACCCCGACUCGUCCCGUUCCUCCAUGGAGAUCGCCAUAAUUGAUUGGGGAAGCGCGGCGAUAUUCCCUUCUCGAAGCUGGGAAUGGGCAGGCAUGGUUUGGGGGAUUGGAGAGAUGGACUAUGGUGGAAAGUGGCAUGUUGUGCUACGAACCAUCUGCCCAGAUCUGGGUGAAGCGAAGUCUCCACUCAGGCAUGAGGUCGAUGCGGUAUUGAAGGUACGGGGUGCUCUCUCUUCAUUUUCGUGAAUGUCAAAUUUGUUGUAAGUAAUGUAAUGUACAAUGACAUAUGAUGGUAAU